AAACUUCGAUGAGCAAAACCUCGUCCAAGAUAUGAAGCCGUGAAACUGAAUAUCGGUGACGUUUUUUUCGUGGACUGUGCUGUGUUGUCACACCAGCUGUUGGUUAGAAGACGAAGGAAAGAAAGUGGUUGCAUCUCGGUGGUUUUUGCGCCGACGAACGGGCGGUUACACUCACAACUACGGCUGGCGCUGAAAGGUGGCACCGGCUGACUGAUGGAAGCGCCGGGGUCUGGCCAAUGUUCCUGUGAUAGUAUCAGUUACGUAACUGAGCGCAUCGGUUGCACAAAAACUGAGAUAACGGACUAGAGCUCAUACAGGUCGGAGUUGAAUCCAUUUUUCCCCUCUGCUAGAGGAAAUUCCACCAUGAACGUCGGCACGGCACACAGCGAGGUGAACCCCAACACCCGAGUCAUGAACAGCAGAGGGAUGUGGCUCUCUUACAUCCUGGGCAUCGGCCUUCUGCAUGUCAUCCUGCUCAGCAUCCCUUUUGUCAGCGUACCUGUAGUCUGGACCCUCACCAACCUCAUCCACAAUCUGUGCAUGUAUCUACUACUUCACACAGUCAAAGGGACGCCCUUUGAAACCCCAGAUCAAGGCAAGGCUCGUCUCCUUACACAUUGGGAGCAGAUGGACUAUGGUGUGCAGUUUACUGCUUCCCGCAAGUUCCUCACCAUCACACCCAUCGUCCUGUAUAUUUUAACCAGCUUCUACACCAAAUACGAUAGAGUCCAUUUUGUCGUCAACACUGUUUCCUUGCUCACUGUACUCAUCCCCAAACUGCCCCAGCUGCACGGUGUGAGGAUUUUUGGGAUUAAUAAAUACUGACAAGACGGAAGAGGACAGCUCCCUCCUUAUGUCCCCAUGGACAUCCGAGAGCACACAGGGUAUCGGGCCUCAGAUGAGGUCCCUUGGCCCCUUUGGCGCCUUAUUCUACUCUAAAGGAAUCCCGCUGAGGUUACUGCCAUGGUACCAAACAGCAUGGAAGAGACCUGAGACACUAAACUGAGAGCACAGAGGGUAUAGCGUUGUGAUGAACUGUGGCCGAUUUUAUUUGAGUCACAUGUUUGCACGGAGACUUGAAAGCGAUGAGACUUUUCUGUCCUUUUCUGUUGAAGUAGGAAUGUUCUGAUGCAACCAGCGUCGGGAGGAGAGGACAUUGAUUGUAGUUGCACAAAUAACAUGUUAUUUUUACACCAUUGGCACAAUGAAGUCAUAAUCAAAGCUACUUUAUGUGUAAAGAUACACUGUUGUAUUUGUUCAGCUUCACUCCCAUCUGCAGCUUCCUGUCUCCUGAGGUUUGAGUGGUUAGAGGAGAGCAACCAGGCUACAGUGAGAUUGUAAGGGACCUGUCAACUGCUGCAGAGGCGAGACAUGAGAAACCACAAGGGUUUAUAUUUGGCUCUCUCAGCUCUGCUCGGGGUCAAGAUCAGGAAGUUAAGCAAGUCGUAUUUUUAUCUGACCAUUUCCAUAUUUGGGCAACUCUUGUCCCGGUUUGUUCUGUCUGCAGUCGUUUGGCAGACAUGCAGGAUGUUUGAACUGGAUUAAAUUAACCAACAGACCUGCCGUAUGACUUAAAAGAUGAGUGUUCCUGUUCUCACAUUACAUUACAUGUAAGGGCACAUGCUUACCCUGUAUAAGUACUCAGGACCCACUGCAUUAGCUGGUUUCUGUUGGGAGAUCACACUUAUCAGCUUAUAAGGUAUGCUUGUGUGGGCUAACGGAGUCCUGUACAUUAGGCCUGAAUUGAAGCUUGACAUGGAAAGAAUUUCUUAAAUUUCUUCUAUAAACAUUAGAGAUGGACAGAUCCCAGUUUUCUUAGCUGAUUAAGGUUUUUGGUGUUUAGGUUGGACCACAAUAAAUGAAAUCCAACUAAAAAGGAAUUAAAAUAGAUCCACCAAAUGUCUGCUUUCAUGGUUAAAGGCUCAGAGAAGUUCCUUCUUCUCAUUGUGUAUUGUGGGCUCAAAGCCUCAUUCCUCGACUUGGGAAAAAGUCCUGUCAUCCAGUGACUGGAAUCCUAAGAUUUUCCUUGUAAUAGCAUUUUUAUUUUCUGUCAUUGCUCUUUGCAGUAAAUGAUGUUGGAAACUUGUAGCUGUCUGCUUUAGUCUCUUCAAGCAUUAGGUUAAAUUCGUCGAGCGAUCUGUUCAUCCCUAAUUCAUGCGUAUGAAGCUAGCCGAAUAUUAGAAGUUCUUUGCCAUGAUGAAAUCAUGUAGUAGUUAUAAUGACUAAAUCCCUGAUUGUAACUGACAAGAUAAACAUGACUUAUUCUGUUUGCCAGGGAGGCCACCAGACAUUGUUUUAACACUAAUGUGUUAGCUUGUGUAGGUUUAACAGAUGUUUAAAAUCCUGUUUUCACUCUUCAUAUGCGGUACUGCUCCAUCUUUUAGCUAUUUUUAGUUGUUUUUGUUUUUUUUUAGCUUGUUGCUUACUUUGUCUGCUGUUACUAAAAUGGACCUGAAAGCCAAAAUCUGCAUCUGACAGAAACUUAAGUAGGUUAACUUUAGUAAACUGUGAUAACAUUACAGCACUUUGUUUUUGGAUUUUUUUUUUUUUUUUUAAAUGAAAUGAUUGCAGCUUUAAUUUUUUUCCAAAUAAGACAUUGGGAAAGAGAUGUAGAUUUAGUAUUGAUCCACAUCUGACAUUGAUCUUUCUAAAGGAUCAACUGCUCAAACUGCACAGAAUUAAAGUUAUAGUGUAAAAAAAAA